AUAUACAUAUUUUAAUUAUUAAAGAAAAAAAGAAACAAACAAAAAAAAAUUAAAAAACCAAACAAACCCUAACUGGACUGCAAUACACAUUGUGGGGGGAAAUGGGUUCUUGCAGUGCUAAACUCUUCACUGCAUCGAAGAAGGAAGACGACUUUGCUCCAGGUUUGGCGACGGGUGGAGAGAAGAGUGACAGCAUAUUUCUCGGUCAGCUCUGUGAGCCCGUAGCUGCCUUCAUCGGGACCGUGGCUCCGUUUAGCGGAGUCAGGGAGCAGCCCAGGGCACGGAGGUGUUCCGAGGCCGCUGAGACAGCUCCGAACCGGAGCCGCGUUCGCUGCCCUCCCCCGGCUGCAGCCUCCGCCGCCGUGGGCGCCUGCGCGGCCGCGCUGCCCGCCCCGCACGGCUCGGUGCCGGCCAUGGCUCUGCGGCUGCUGCGCGGCGCGCCGGGGGCAGCGAAGUCAUCACUCUGCCUCUUGCGGAGCAGCUCCAGCUCUAAGACAGGAGGAAGAUCUGAACCUGCCAAGCAGCCACUUAAGAAACCAAAGUUACCAGUAGGUCGGUUUGAUGAACCAGAAGAGACCAGUGUAGAGAAGGAACCCCUGGAAAAAUUCCCUGAUGGAAUCAAUCCUACYACAAAAGAGAGGGGUGGACCUAGAGGCCCUGAACCUACACGUUUUGGAGACUGGGAGMGAAAAGGACGUUGUAUAGAUUUCUAAUAUUUAAUUGUCUGUGUUGCUAAUAAAAUAUUCCUGGUUGUUGAAAAGUAUAAUGCACAGAGAAAAWCUCACCUGGAUUUGUUGCGGAGCUUCUUGUUUCUGUCAUUUUCUGAGCAAUACAAUGUAAAUAAACACUGCAGCUCCGAUGAUGAAACUGUUAGUGGCUCAAUGUCUGCCUGAUCUUCAAUGCUGUUUACACUGUGCAAGUACAAAUGCAAGUACAGUGRUGUGAAAUUGAUAAUCAAGAGCUUWUUGAGAUGUAUAAGGGCUUGUAUUUCUUUAUAAACAUAAAUAUUUAYGUGGAGGUGUGAAAGUGUUGAAAGAGCUUUGCACUUCAUGAACUACAUUCAUCAGAAGUAGGGCCAUCUCUGGGGAGAUGAGUAGGUCACUGAUUCCACAUAGUGGUUCCCUAUUAAAAGCCUCUUUACUCAAGAGCCUUCCCUUCAUCCCCAAUGCAGUGGGUUUGGGUGUUUUUUCCUGUUUGUUGGGAAAGGAUGGUUUUGAUUGAGGACUGUAAAUAGCACAGUGGAAAUGGAAGCUUAAUUUGGAGAGGGUCAGCUCUUGAUUGUGAGUAGUGUAGAGGUGCUCUAUUUGCAAUGCUACACUGUUCUUUAUCACCUGUCUUCUUCAUGCUAUUUGCAUUUUCUUUUGUGAAUGGAGGUGUUCUUUUGCACAUGGGCUAAAUGCUGCUUGGGAAAAAUACAGCAUUACUUUAUGAAACCUUAUGAUCAAUGGGGAAAAAUUUUAUUAGAUGAUACAAAAUGGCAGAUCUUAAAACUAAGUUAUAUGGCAUCAAACUAAAUAAUUUGCAGUCAGACUGAGCUAAUUUCUUCAAUCAAGAAUUUUCCUAGCCAUAAGAUUUGGAGUAGUAGUAGAGUGCAAAUCUGCCACUUGUGUGGKUACUUUACUAAUGAGAGUAAGUUGUCAUUAUUGAAAUGUGUGAACAUGUGCUCUAUUUCUGUGCAAGUUCUUUUUGAUAGCCUGAAUAAAUGUAUCUUCUCUAGUCACAGAAUCAGCAAAUGGUGUGGGUUUUGCGUUACUCUGGCUCUGUGUGGGUUUUGCCCAGCUUUGCAUUUGCAUGGUUUAACUAGAGCAUUGAAGUUUGUUGGUCCUGCCACAAAUCUGUGCAGCCUCCCUAAAACUCCUUGACUGGCGGACAGUGGGGGAGCUCCUUGUUGAAAUCUGACAGUUUGUGUAUCCAGUGUCUGUGUUACGGAUAUAGUCUUGUUCUAGUUGUGAGUUUGGAUGUUUGUCUCACUGUCUGAUUCCCUACAAAAAUACUUAACCUGUUCAGUUAUAGGUUUAUCAACCAAAUACCUCACUGACAAGCAAAAUGAGAUUAACGAAAACCCGUUUAUCAUAAAAGGUGUUAGCUAGUGGUAAUUGUAUUUUGAACCUUCAAAUUCUGCAGCAUGGUUUGGAUAUUGGAAAACUGGUUUCUAUUUAACUCAUUCUAGUUUCCCUUCUGUACUGUGACAGAUCUUCCCAAAAUCUAUUGACAUUUUCAGUUACCUAAAGAUAAGCUGGGUCAGCUAUCUUUAAUACAUGCUAUUUGUUAAAAUAGUUAUUUCUAGUAAUGUUUUGCCUUUUCAAUUGCUGAUGGAUUGGAAAAUACUUCCUCACACAAUACACCACCUUUUCAAAUGGGAAGUGGAAACUUUAAUUGGAAACUUUCRCUUUUUUUGCAUCAUUAUUAAUAGGCUUAACAUCUUUAUUUGAGAAGAGGCAAUAAAAUACUGCAGUUAUUUUUUUAUUCUAAAUGUUCUGCAUGCAUUGUUGCAUGGCUUCAUUAUCUUCUCGUACCAGGUUUUGCCCUUCCAGCACAUACUCCAUGAAAUGUUUUACCUAGUUCCACUUCUUGGCAUUCCUGAUUUUCAAAUCUAAUUGCUUUCUUCAGCACUAACUGCAGCUGCACUCCUCCCUGGAUGCAGGAUUAUGCUGUUUUGAUUUAGCAUACAAGGACCUGGUCUCACAUUCCCAUCAUUUUCCUUACAUUUCAUUUGGUUAUAUUCAGUCUCACUCAGCUUUGUGAUUAAGGGCUGACCUGAGUGCUGUCCAGGCUCCUGCUUGUCUUCUUUUGGGCUGGUGAUGACUGCUGCUGUCAGAGCCACAGGCAGGCAGGAGCUCAAGCAGGUCCUAGGCACUCCAUGCCAGUAUCCAUGAAAUACCUGGAUUUGGAAGAUAAGUCUGAGAGCACAAUCAUCUGUUCCAAUAGGACAGUAUCUAAUAAAGGGAGGGACUUUGCUUUCCUUCAAAAAAACAGAAUUACAAAAUAAUUUAGGUUGAAAUAAACCUCUAAGAUCAGGUUCAGCUAUUAACCCAGCACUGCCAAGUCAACCACUAACUCAUGUUCCUGAGUGCCACUUCUACACAUCUUCCAAAUACCUCCAGGGAUGGUGACUCAACUCCGGGCAGCCUGUUUUAAGCUUGACAGCCCUUUAGUUGAAGAAAUUUUUCCUAAAAUAAAAAGGCUGUUAUAAAUAGCUGACAAGGAAUUGGUGCAUGGGAAAUAGAGGAUACCACUUCAGUCUUGAGCAACGUCAGGCCUUUUUUACCACCUCCCAGGCUGAUGCCAGUAACAACCAAGUAUUUGCUGAGCAUGCUUAUGGAAUGUAUCAAUAAAACAUAGGAAACUGAACAUUUGGGCUAAAUGAUAUAUAAGAGUCAGAGAGUGAACACCAAGGGGUCCUCUUACAUCGUCUGGCAAUCUGGCAUUUACCAAAAACGGAGCCUUGGGCUCCAGUAAUAAUURAGCACAAAAUCCUAUGGUGCUGCAAAGUCCCUUGUGGUACCUGUCAAAAGCAAUCAUAGUUGGAAUGUAACAAAUUAURCAAUAAUACUGUAGGGUAUAAAUGGUCAUUUCUUUGUUUUCUUGCAGUGCCUGCAGUUAGAAAAGCAGCACUUGAGCACUUUUUUGGAACUGCCUUUCUGUUCUUCCCAAAUAAUUACUAUUAGCAAUUCACUGGAAGUUAGCAUUAGGGUAGAAAAUGGCUGGGGGCAUUAGCUAUUAGAUUAGCCAUAUAUAUAUUUUUAUUAUAAAUAGUGAUUGAAUCUUUUUUUAGCUCUUUUUGUUAGUAUAAACUGAAAAGCA